AUGCCUUUGGUUCGGCCGCUUGUCAGACUUCACCGCUCAAACGAGAAUGUAUAGAGCCUAUCCAGGUGAACAACAUGACUUGCGAUGGGUUACUGUAACCUUGACCUCCAUCGCCACUAUCCUCUUGAUAUGUCGCUUGUCCAUCACAUUCAAGAAUAGGGGCUGGUUGGGAAUCGAAGAUGCACUGGUCAUUACAGCAAACGGCGCCGACAUAAAAAAAUCUGGUGGUGACUUCAAGAAGGCAAUGAUGUUCUUCUGGCUCACACAAGUCUUCUACACUCUGACGAAUGGCUUCAACAAAAUGGCUUUCAUUGCCUUGUACUACCGCGUGUUCCCCAUGCCUCGCUUUCGACUGAUCUGCAGGAUCUUCGGUGCGUUAGCAGUCGCCUGGACCAUAUCAUACAUAUUCGUUGUCAUCUUCCAAUGUACACCGAUAGCCCGCGUGUACGAUCGUUCAAUACCAGGAACAUGUAUCAGCUUCUUUGGACACCGUUGGUCCAACGCAAUCACAAAUCUGAUCACCGACAUCGCAAUCUUCAUCCUCCCAAUGCCAGUCAUCGUACGCUUGAACAUGUCUCUGGGCUCCCGAGUUGGUCUCGUAGUCCUCUUCUCCAUGGGCUUCUUCAUCUGCUUAACGACCGCUCUUCGCAUGGGAACGCUGCCGUUGACCCUCGGAACCAAGGACCCCACCUGGGAGUCUGCCCCAACAAAUCUAUGGAGCUUCAUUGAAGCUGCGACUGGCGUCAUUUGCGCAUGUCUGAUCAGUCUGCGUAAAACCAUCGCGGCGUUCUGGCCCAGGAAAUGGAGGAGCACCAGGGGGGGAAGCAGUGGAUAUCAGCAGUAUGGCAACAGCAGGCCUACAGGCAAUGCUCUCAGUGCAGCAAGGGGACCAGGAGGAACGGAUACCUCCCAUUCCUACGCCAUGGGUAAUGUAAAAAGCGGGAGCAGGGGGCGGCCAGACACGUAUGCAGACAUCAGCCCUAGCGAGAGCCAGGAACACAUCAUGGAGGACAAAAAAACAGUAGCAAACAUUACAACGAGCCGGCCUCGAAGUAGUGAGAGCGGAAGUGAGGACCUAGUUUUCGAGGGCAUCACUGUCACUACCGAUGUCAAGGUCGUCAGAGAGUAAUGUCAAGCGCUGUGUUCUAGAGAGAAAAAAAAGUAAUAAUAAUAGAUUCACG